CUCAGAGAAUUGAAUUCCGUAAGGUGAUCCCUUUAUUUCCCUAAGAACUUACCUCUAACCAUUUCACAGAAGCACCGAAAUGUCAGAACCUGUGAAGAAGGAUUCGCCCGAGUAUUCGUACUUCUUUGGAGCUAUGGGAGCGGCCUCUGCGAUCAUAUUCUCCGCCCUGGGAGCUGCCUAUGGAACGGCCAAGUCCGGCACGGGAAUAGCGGCCAUGGCCGUAAUGCGACCGGAGCUGAUCAUGAAGUCCAUCAUUCCGGUGGUAAUGGCCGGCAUUAUAGCCAUCUACGGACUGGUGGUAUCCGUCCUGAUUGCCGGAUCGCUUUCGGAUAAUUACACCACUCGCAAGGGCUAUAUCCAUUUGGCUGCCGGACUGUCUGUGGGAUUUGCCGGACUGGCGGCGGGCUUUGCCAUUGGCAUUGUUGGAGAUGCCGGAGUGCGAGGAACUGCCCAGCAGCCCCGCCUCUUCGUCGGCAUGAUCCUGAUCCUGAUUUUCGCCGAGGUACUGGGUCUGUACGGCCUGAUUGUGGCCAUUUACUUGUACACCAAGUAAAGACUUUUACUUUUAAAAUAUAACAUUUUAACGGUGGA